UUACCCUCCUUGUAAUGUUUUGUAUUAAAAGAUAGGAAAUGGCAACAAGGCCCUUGAAUGCUUAGAUGUAGGAAUAAAUUAAAUGAGGGGUAGUGUGGUAAUUGAACAAUAGUUGAUAUAUAUAAAUAGAGAGAAGGAAAAAAAAAAAACAAAAGAGAGAUCUGAAAAAUUUGAGAGAGAAUCGGCAGGAGAGAAGGGAGAAAGAAGAAGAAGAGAAAAGAGGGGGAAAUAAGGGAAAAAGGAAAGGAGUUGAAGAGAAUAAGUUUAAAGAUAAUCCUGAUAUUCUACCGAUAGGACGUCAGUAGGAUUUUCUUCGGUGUCUGCUUUUGGCUUCUGUUUGCUUUUGAGUCAGGCUUAUAGCUUGAUAGCAGGUCACUUUUGUUGGACUUUCCGAACCUGCUCUUUUGGUUGUAAUUUGUACCUUUUCCUUUAUGUCUAGUUAGUGCUCCAAAACUCUGAAUUUAUAUUAGCUCUUGUAUUAAGACAAUUAAAUUAUAUUAUGAAGUUGAUUUUGUUGUUAAUGCUGUGUUGAACUCUGAUUGAGUUAGGAUAAGUUUGUGUGUAAGUUUGGGUUCGCAUAGGUAUGGAACCUUGGAGGGGAACCUUGCCUAUGUGCCGGUCAUGGAUCCGGGAUUCGGGUCGUGACAAACUUGGUAUCAGAGCUUUAGGUUAAAAAACAAUAAUAUAAUUAAAUUCGUAAUAAGUGGAGCAUUAGGAUCCGUGUUGUCUUGUUUGUUGUCUUUGAAAUUCUGAAUUCUCAUUAAGCAUGUCUUCUUCCUUGUGAUAGAUAUGCUUUCCUAUAAUUCUGUGGUAAUUAUCAUGCUAUUGUUCUAGCAUGACUUGAGUGCUCUCACUUUUAUUUUAGGAAAUGCUGACGAAUAGACGAAUAGCUGAUACUGUUAGAGUAGAGGAUGAUCAGGAUAAUGUCCCUAUUGGGCGGUUGAGAACUGCAAGGCAGAGAAGGAGGCGCGGUGCACCCGUGCCUCAACAUGUUGAGGAGGUACCUCCACCAGUGGAGGAAGAGCCUCAGGAGAUAGAAGAGGAAGAUAUUGUUGAUGAACCAGGUGUGGGGGUAGCUGACCCUGAACCUGUUACAGAGUUUCAGCAACUUAGCCAGGUUGUGCGGACCUGGAUAGAAUUUUCUAUGGAGAGAGAUAAAAGGAGGGAUAGAGAUGUACCCUCGACAUCCCACACUGUUCAGGGAGUUAAUGUGCCGUUGAAUGACUUCAUGAAGUUGGCACCUCCUAUUUUUACUGGGAUGGAUAGUUCAGAGGAUCCUCAGAGGUUCCUAGAUGAUAUUUGGCGACGGUGUGAAGCUUUGGGAUGUACAGACCACCGAGCUGUGAGUUUGGCAUCGUUCAGGUUGGAAGGAGAUGUGGCAAUCUCUUGGUUUGAGUCUAGGAAAAGAGCAAGACCAGUAGAGGCUCAGUGGACAUGGAAGGAGUUUAGCUCCAUGUUCUUAGACAGGUUUCUCCCUCAGAGCGUCAGAGAUGCUCCACUUUAUGAGUUUGAGAGGCUAUCUCAGGGGAGCAUGACAGUGGAUGAGUAUGAUCUGAAGUUCACUCAGCUGUCUAGGUAUGCAGAACAUCUUCUACCCACUGAGGAGUGGAGGGUGAAGAGGUUUAUUAGAGGACUCAAAUCCUCUAUGUAUAAGGUGAUGGUGUCACAGGUGUUUCCAUCAUACUCUUUAGCUGUUGAUAGCGCCAGAUUGAUAGAGGCGCGAGAAUUAGAGGAUAUGACUGCAGGCCAGUCUAAGAGACCUAGAGAAGAGGGUCAGUCUUUUAGGCAACAGGGAUUAAGUGCAGGUCCGUCUAGGGGACGAAGUGGCCGUCAGGGCUCAUGGGUUCAGAGGAGGUUUAGACAGAGACCGUCAGUUAGUGGCUCAAGCGGUCAGAGUGGCAGUAGUGGUACUCAGAGUUUAGUUCAGACUGCACCUCGUAGUUCAUUUGUUUCACCUGGGGAUAGUUCUUUAUGUCAGCACUGUGGAGGAAGUCAUACUAGUGCAGAGUGCUACAGAAGGACUGGGGCUUGUUUUAGUUGUGGCCAGAUAGGUCAUAAGAUCAGAGAGUGCCCGAGGAGACAGUUGUCAGCUUCGGGGUUAUCUGCUUCAGUCCAACAUCCUAUUCAGGCACCAUCGACGAGCCAGUCUGUGGCUCAUGGGGGUAGAGGUUUUGGUGGCCGUGGUCAGAGAGGCCGGGGUGCAGGUGAUAGAGGUCAGAUACAGCAGGGUCAGGGGCAUGCUAGAGUUUUUGCCUUGACUCAGCAGGAUGCUCAGGCAUCCAACACAGUUGUUUCAGAUAAUCCUGAUAUUCUACCGAUAGGACGUCAGUAGGAUUUUCUUCGGUGUCUGCUUUUGGCUUCUGUUUGCUUUUGAGUCAGGCUUAUAGCUUGAUAGCAGGUCACUUUUGUUGGACUUUCCGAACCUGCUCUUUUGGUUGUAAUUUGUACCUUUUCCUUUAUGUCUAGUUAGUGCUCCAAAACUCUGAAUUUAUAUUAGCUCUUGUAUUAAGACAACUAAAUUAUAUUAUGAAGUUGAUUUUGUUGUUAAUGCUGCGUUGAACUCUGAUUGAGUUAGGAUAAGUUUGUGUGUAAGUUUGGGUUCGCAUAGGUAUGGAACCUUGGAGGGGAACCUUGCCUAUGUGCCGGUCAUGGAUCCGGGAUUCGGGUCGU